UGUGUGCAGGGCCAGCAGGGAGCUGGAGCCGCCGCGGUAAAGCUCCUAGGCUCCGCCGAGGUCGCCGCGCCCGCUCCUCGCCUCUGCCGCCGCAGUUUCAAGCCGUUGCCACCACCGCCGCCUCUGCCGCCAGAGGAGCGGCCGCCUAUUGUCUUUCUCCGCGGCGAAGGUGCGGAGCUGCUCCGGCUCGGCCCGCGGGGGAGCCCCGGGCGCCUCACGUGUCCUGGGUCAUGAAACUUAAUCCACAACAAGCUCCAUUAUAUGGCGACUGUGUUGUUACUGUACUGCUCGCUGAAGAGGACAAAGUUGAGGAUGAUGUAGUUUUUUACUUGGUAUUUUCGGGUUCCACCCUCCAUCACUGUACAAGUACUCGGAAGGUCAGUUCUGAUACGCUGGAGACCAUUGCUCCUGGUCAUGACUGCUGCGAGACGGUGAAGGUGCUGCUCUGUGCUUCCAGAGAGGGCCUGCCUGUGUUUGUGGUGGCGGAAGAAGACUUCAAGUUCAUCCAGGACGAGGCCUACGAUGCAGCCCAGUUCCUGGCAACCAGUGCUGGAAAUCAGCAGGCUCUGAACUUCACCCGUUUCCUUGAUCGGUCAGGACCCCCGUCCAGGGACGUGAAUUCCCUUGAUGAGAAGGUUGCCCUGGCAUUCAGGCACCUGAAGCUGCCAGCGGAGUGGAAUGUGUUGGGAACAGAUGCAACUUCGCAUGAUGGUGGCCCCCGAGAGACAUUGAUGCAUUUUGCUGCACGGCUGGGACUGCUGAGGUUGACGUGGUUCCUGUUGCAGAAGCCAGGUGGCCGCGGAGCUCUCAGCAUCCACAACCAAGAAGGAGCAACCCCUGUGAGCUUGGCCUUGGAGCGGGGUUAUCACAAGCUGCACAGGCUUCUAACUGAGGAGGAUGCUGGAGAACCAGACUCCUGGAGCAGUUUAUCCUAUGAAGUCCCUUACGGAGACUGUUCUGUGAGGCAUCACCGAGAGCUGGACGUCUAUACGUUAACCUCUGAGUCUGAACCACACCAGGAACCCCCACUUCCUGGAGACAGUUGCACUGGACAUAUUUUUAAGCUUAUGAACAUCCAACAGCAGCUAAUGAAAACAAACCUCAAACAGAUGGACAGUCUUAUGCCCUCAGUGGUGACAGCACAAGAACCUUCAAGUCUGCCCAGUGACCAAGAUACAGAUGGUCAGUUUCUUCCCUGUGCAUCAGCGCCCACAGCCAGCCAGCAGCUUGCUUCUCCUGAAGGUGCUGAGAGCUCUCAGUGCUGCCAUGGGAGCACUGUGGGGCAGAUUGAAAGUUCCUAUGAUUUGUCAAGUGUGGUUAAGGAAGAGAAUACAGACUCUUCCCGUAGGAAGAAAAAUACAGGCGUGGAGAGAAAAGGAGACGAGGUGGAGCCAGCACCUAUCGUGGACUCUGGGACUGCGUCUGAUCCCGACAGCUGCCAUCAGAGCACACCUGAUUGCAAAGGAAAGGACACAGAAGGCCUUCCAUCCUGUGGAGUCAGAAAUGAAGAAACUGGAACAAAAUCUUCGGCAAUGGCCACAGGCCAGGAGUCUCCAGGCAGUGGAGGCCGCGUCCUGCAGGGAGGCGUAGCCCUGGAGCCCGGCACGGCCCAGUCUUUCUCUGGAGGUGAACUGGUGGUCCCUUCACCAGCAGGUGCCAGCGUCCCAGACACUGCAGGGGAAACGGAACACAGUCUCGUGAACCCAGAGGCCACCAUCCGGGGGAAUGUGCUUGCAGCGGGGGAGAGUAUGAAGGAAAGAUUUGAGGACUCUAAUAUCAGCACAGCUGGAGCCUCUGACGUAAAAGUCACAGACGAGCCUGUGGAUAAAGCCAGCAUUCCCAAUGGUGUCUCUGCCGCUGGCUCCCUGGUUGCUGACAAGCCUGCUGAGUCUUUACUUGUCGUUAGUGAUGAAGAAACUGCCAUUGAUGAAAACACUGCAGAAACUGAAACUUAUGGAAGUUGUGAAGAGAGUGCUGAUGCUCCAGGGGCUCAGAACUCUCAGUUAAUUCUAGCUGCUGCAAAAGAUGAGAUUUCAGAAGGGCUCGAACUUGACACUCCCUGGGCCAGCAUGUGUGUGGCGGUGUCACCCCCUGAUUUAACCUUUCCCAGGCCGCAAAAAGAUGUUACGCCAAACCAGAAAUCAGAAACGGAUUCAUCUCGUGUUCAAAGCCAAAACAGCAAAUCACCCAUCUGUUCUACAACUGGAGAUGAUAAACUUUGUGCUGCCUCUGCAUGUCGACAGAACACGGGGACUUCUAGUGGUGUGUUGGCUGUAGAACACUGUGAUGACAUAGUUACCCAACCUGAAGGCACCACCACAGGGCUGCUCAACACACAACCGCUGCCCACUGCCAGCUGCUCGGAAGGCCCACAGGCUAACACGGUCACCCCUGACCCUGUUAGAGACACCCAGGAACAUGUGGAUUUUUGUCCUCUCCAAGUUUUGGAUAAAGAAAGCCAAGGAAAAGAUUCGAAACUAGAAACAUCUUUAGCAAAUAUGCUUGAGGUAGUUCCACAUCCACAUGCUCUUGUCCCCAAAGCUGAGAAAGAACGGGUGUCAGACCAGGCAGUGACAUCAGGCAGGACUUUCUCUCUGACAGGCAGUCCAGGCAGUGAAUCAGUAACCAAAGAUGACGCACUUUCUCUUGUCCCCUCCUCCCAGAAUGAAAAAGGAACAGCAACUCUUGAACCACAUACAGAUUGUAGAGAUGGCCCAGAUGGAGAUUCGAAUGAUCUGGAGAAGCAGCCACCAGAAGACAGUGCAGUGGGCCUGUGCCCACCCUCCUCUGCUCUAGAUCUUCAGCCUGGCAUGGGGAAUACCAGUCCCGUAGGACCUGGUGGGGAGUGUGAGCGUCCCUGCCUCUCAGCAGCCCCUGAAGUCCUGAAUAUCGUUGAGGGGGCCACUGACUCUUCCCUGCUCCAUGUGGGUCAGGCCACUUUGGCCUCUGAUUCCGCUUUGACUGAAGAAGGGAAAGAUCAGGUGGUUCCAGAGAGCCCUGCAGCGCAGGGACCAGAAGACAAGGAUAAAGCAGUGACCUGUUCCUCCAUUAAGGACAACACUCUUCGUUCAGGAACGUUGCAGGAAGAGCCGAGAACACCACCUCCUGGACAGGAGGCCCUGGGAUUCCGUGAAGAACCUGGCCCAGCUGCCUGUGAUGAGGACAGGGCUCCUCGGAACGGUAAUUCACUGGGCACACCCUUGGCCUGUCUUCACGCAGAAACUAAACAUAACAAGGAAGUGGCCCCACCAGUCGCACCGCUGGUUGAAGGUGGGGCUGCACAGAGCCUGGUGCCACCAGGAGCAAGUCUGGCUACAGACUCAAGCCAGGAGGCCUCAGCCACAGAGCAGAGCAGCUCACGUCCAUUGCCAAAUCUGUUACCAGGUGGGUUUGAGGUUCUUACUUGUGAGCGAUCUUCUGCUCUGGAUGUUGAGGUGAAAAACACUCAGUCCCAGGGGAAGACCACUGCUUGUGAGGUGAGUGGAAAUGCAGCAUUGGGUGGUGCCGUGGUCAGUGCUCUGCAAGGCACCACUGGGGCCAGGAGAAAGGACAUACCACACAACGCUCCAGACAUCCAGAUUCCGCAAGUCUCUUUGAGCCAGGAGAAGAAUAUGAUCCUGGGUUUGCCGGGACCUUUACCGGACAAAGGUGUGACUGACCCUCAGGGAGCCGCACCCCCAGAGGUUGUGUCCCUGGGUUGGGAGAAGGGGAAGGUGGGGGGAGCAGAUGGCAGCCGUAGCACAGGCGACUCCAAGGAGACACAGGUGGAUGAGGAAGCACAUCACGUCCCGCUGCAGCCUGCUGCCAAAGAGCACCCCACAGAGACGGGGCUCUCAAGCCGUGGUGACAAGGCCCCAGGCAGGGGAAGGGAUGCUGCCCCUCUGCCCUGCACUGUCGCUGCCAAAGCCGUGCUUCUGCCUGAGACAGCAGACAUGAUUGAGGAGGCUGCGAGUCGCAUAGUGGAUGCUGUCAUAGAACGAGUCAAGGCCUCGGGAGAACUGACGACAGGGGGGGAAGUCAGUCACAUGUCACUCUCCUGUCCUUCCGAGUUGGGCCCAGGGCCUGAACAGCUGGAGAGUGCUUCUGCAGGGAAGGCGAGUGCUUUCCAGCCUGCGGAGACCCCGCCCAUGGGCAGUAGUCGUGGAGAAGCCUCUGGGAACCUUGCAGGACGCUUUGCUGGAAGGGAGGAGCCAGAGAAGAUUAUUCUGCCUCUCCAGGGACCAACUCCGGCAACAGAAAUGCCAGACACGAAAGCUGAAGAUGAAGUGGAUUUUCUGAGUAAUACCAAGGAGAGUUCAGUUUCUGAAGAGGUGGCUGUAGGAAACAUAGCUUCUACGCCGGAGGUGAAACAAGGCCCGAAGACCCAGGCGAUAAACCGAGAAAGCUGGUGUACCAUUGAGCCAUGCCCAGAUGCAGCAUCUCUUUUGGCUCCCACGCAGAGCCCAGAAUGUGAUAACUUCCUGGAUGUUGGAUUGGGCAGAGAGUGUGCCUCAAAACAAGGUGUCCUUAAAGGAGAAUCUGGGAGUGAUUCUGACCUCUUCCACUCACCCAGUGAAGAAGUGGACAGCAUUAUCUUCUCCAAGCCUGAGGAAGAACAGUUGGCCUGUGAUAUCACUGGAUCCAGUUCCUCCACCGAUGACACAGCAUCCUUGGAUCGACAUUCUUCUCAUGGCAGUGAUGUGUCCCUCCCCCAGAUUUCAAAUUUGAACAGGUCCAGAGACCAACAAUGUCUUGAUGGUUUCUACAACCAUGGGGUGGGAGCUGAGGGUCGAGAGAGUGAGAGUGAGCCUGCUGGCUCAGGUGAGAUGGAAGAGGAGGAGAUGGACAGCAUCACCGAAGUGCCUGCGAACUGCUCUGUCCUAAGGAGCUCUAUGCGCUCUCUGUCCCCUUUCCGGAGGCACAGCUGGGGUCCUGGGAAGAAUGCAGCCAGUGACGCAGAAAUGAACCAGCGGAGUUCAAUGCGAGUUCUUGGGGAUGUUGUCAGGAGACCUCCCAUUCAUAGGAGAAGUUUCAGUCUAGAAGGCUUGACAGGAGGAGCUGGUAUUGGAAACAAGCCAUCCUCAUCUCUGGAAGUAAACUCUUCAAACACCAAAGAGCUCAGACACCCUUUUAGUGGCGAGGAAAGGGGUGACUCGUUGGUGUCACUUUCAGAAGAGGAUCUGGAAUCAGGCCAGAGAGAACAUAGGAUGUUUGAUCAGCAGACAUGUCACAGAUCUAAACAACAGGGAUUUAAUUACUGUACAUCAGCCAUUUCUUCUCCAUUGACAAAAUCCAUCUCAUUAAUGACAAUCAGCCAUCCUGGGUUGGACAAUUCACGGCCCUUCCACAACACCAGUGCUAAUCUGACUGAGAGUAUAACAGAAGAGAACUUUAAUUUCCUGCCACAAAGCCCCUCCAAGAAAGAUUUUGAAGGGAAGAGUGGAACAAAAGUCAGUCGUACGUUCAGCUACAUCAAGAAUAAAAUGUCCAGCAGUAAGAAGAGCAGGGAAAAGGAAAAGGAGAAAGAUAAAAUUAAGGAGAAGGAGAAAGAUUCCAAAGAGAAGGAGAAGGACAAGAAGACUGUGAACGGGCACACUUUCAGUUCCAUCCCUGUUGUGGGUCCCAUCAGCUGUAGCCAGUGCACGAAGCCUUUCACCAACAAAGACGCCUAUACUUGUGCAAAUUGUAGUGCUUUUGUCCACAAAGGCUGUAGAGAAAGUCUGGCCUCCUGUGCAAAGGUCAAAAUGAAGCAGCCCAAAGGGAGCCUUCAAGCACACGACACAUCUUCGCUGCCCACAGUCAUUAUGAGAAACAAGUCCUCCCAGCCCAAGGAGCGCCCUCGGUCCGCAGUCCUCCUGGCCGAUGAAACCACUGCCGCCCCCAUGUUUGCUAACAGACGGUCCCAGCAGAGUGUGUCGCUCUCCAAAAGUGUCUCCAUUCAGAACAUUGCUGGAGUUGGCAAUGAUGAGAACAUAUCAAACACCUGGAAAUUCCUGUCUCAUUCGACAGACUCACUAAAUAAAAUCAGCAAGGUCAAUGAGUCAACAGAGUCCCUUACUGAUGAGGGAGUAGGUACAGACAUGAAUGAAGGGCAGCUAAUGGGAGACUUUGAGCUUGAGUCCAAACAGCUGGAAGCAGAGUCCUGGAGUCAGAUAGUGGACAGCAAGUUUCUGAAACAGCAAAAGAAAGAUGUGGUCAAACGGCAAGAAGUGAUUUAUGAGCUGAUGCAGACGGAGUUCCACCACCUCCGCACACUCAAGAUCAUGAGCGACGUGUACAGCCGGGGCAUGACAGCCGACCUGCUCUUCGAGCAGCAGAUGGUGGAGAAGCUCUUCCCCUGUUUGGAUGAGCUGAUCAGUAUCCACAGCCAGUUCUUACAGAGGAUCCUGGAGCGGAAGAAGGACUCUCUGGUGGAUAAAAGUGAAAAGAACUUUCUCAUCAAGAGGAUUGGGGAUGUGCUUGUGCACCAGUUUUCAGGAGAGAACGCAGAACGCUUAAAGAAGACAUACGGCAGGUUUUGUGGGCAGCACAACCAGUCUGUAAACUACUUCAAAGACCUCUAUACCAAGGAUAAGCGUUUUCAGGCCUUUGUGAAGAAGAAGAUGAGCAGUUCGGUUGUACGGAGGCUUGGAAUCCCAGAGUGUGUAUUGCUUGUAACCCAGCGGAUCACCAAAUACCCGGUUUUGUUCCAAAGAAUAUUGCAAUGUACCAAAGACAGUGAAGUGGAGCAGGAAGAUCUAGCUCAGUCCCUGGGCCUGGUGAAGGAUGUGAUUGGAGCUGUGGACAGCAAAGUGGCAAGUUAUGAAAAGAAGGUCCGUCUCAAUGAGAUUUAUACAAAGACAGAUAGCAAGUCGAUCAUGAGAAUGAAGAGUGGUCAGAUGUUUGCCAAGGAGGAUCUGAAGCGGAAGAAGCUCGUGCGGGAUGGGAGCGUGUUUCUGAAGAGCACAACAGGGAGGUUGAAAGAGGUUCAAGCGGUCCUGCUUACUGAGGUUUUAGUUUUCCUUCAAGAAAAAGACCAGAAAUACGUCUUUGCGUCAUUGGACCAGAAGUCAACGGUGAUCUCUCUAAAGAAGCUGAUUGUAAGAGAGGUAGCACACGAGGAGAAAGGUUUAUUCCUAAUCAGUAUGGGGAUGAAAGAUCCAGAGAUGGUGGAAGUCCACGCCAGCUCCAAAGAGGAGCGGAACAGCUGGAUUCAGAUCAUCCAGGACACGAUCAGCACCCUGAACAGAGAUGAAGAUGAAGGAAUUCCUAGUGAGAAUGAGGAAGAAAAGAAGAUGUUGGACACCAAAGCGCGGGAGUUAAAAGAACAACUUCAACAAAAGGACCAGCAGAUCCUACUGUUACUGGAAGAGAAGGAGAUGAUUUUCCGGGACAUGACUGAGUGCAGCACUCCCUUGCCAGAGGAUUGCUCCCCAACUCAAAGCUCUAGAAUCCUCUUCCGAGCCAACACAGAAGAGGCUCUCAAAGGAGGGCCUUUAAUGAAAAGUGCAAUAAAUGAGGUGGAGAUCCUUCAGGGUUUGGUGAGUGGAAGCCUGGGAGGCACACUUGGGCAGGCUGUCAGCAGCCCUGUUGAACAAGAAGGCAUGGUAGGCCCUGUUUCCUUGCCCCGGAGAGCAGAGACCUUUGGAGGAUUUGACAGCCAUCAGAUGAAUGCUUCAAAAGGAGGUGAGAAGGAAGAGGGAGAUGAUGGCCAAGAUCUUAGGAGGACAGAAUCGGAUAGUGGUCUGAAAAAGGGUGGAAAUGCUAACCUGGUAUUUAUGCUUAAAAGAAACAGUGAGCAGGUCGUCCAGAGCGUCGUCCAUCUCCACGAGCUCCUCAGCACUUUGCAGGGGGUGGUGCUGCAGCAGGACAGCUACAUCGAGGACCAGAAGCUGCUGCUGACCGAGCGGGCGCUCACGCGGACGGCGUCGCGGCCCAGCUCCCUCAUCGAGCAGGAGAAGCAGCGCAGCCUGGAGAAGCAGCGCCAGGACCUGGCCAACCUGCAGCGGCAGCAGGCGCAGCACCUGGAGGAGAAGCGGCGGCGCGAGCGCGAGUGGGAGGCCCGGGAGAGGGUGCUGCAGGAGCGCGAGGCGCGGCUGGCGCAGCGCGAGGACGAGCUGCGGCGCGGCCGCCGGGACCUGGAGCGCGAGCACGACGAGCUGCAGCAGAGGAAGGUCGCCUACCAGAGCGACCUGGAGCGCCUGCGCGCCGCCCAGAGGCAGCUCGAGCGCGAGCAGGAGCAGCUGAAGCGGGAGGCCGACCGGCUCAGCCAGAGGCCCGCCGACUGUGACGUCGGCCAGGUUUCACAUCAACACACCAGGCUGCUGAGGAUCCCAUCCUUCCUUCCGAAUCCUGAGGAGACCCUCUUGCCACCGGCACCUUCCAUAGCCAAAUCAGGGUCAUUGGACUCAGAACUCUCAGUGUCCCCAAAAAGGAACAGCAUCUCUCGGACACACAAAGAAAAGGGGCCUUUUCACAUACUGGGUUCCACCAGCCAGACAAACAGAGUACCAGAGGGUCAGAGCCAGACCCCAGUGUCCACGUCCACCCGCCUGUUUGGGUUAGCUAAGCCAAAGGAAAAGAAGGAGAAAAAGAAGAAGAACAAAGGAAGCCGCUCGCAGCCCGGUGAUGGCCCUGCAUCCGAAGUACCCGCAGAGGGGGAGGAGAUCUUCUGCUGACCCCGUUCCUCUCCGAGGCAGCCGCUCCUGUCCCGCCACGGUUACAGCCCCACCCCCUGCUGUCCUGUGCGCGCACUCUCCUACACUGACACCCGUGCCCUGCGGCGCCCAGCCCUCCCGCACUGCCCAGGUCCUGGACCAGAAGAGCAAAUGGUCUUGGGGGUCAGGGUGGGGAAGGAGGCCCAGGAUUGGCAACCCAGCGCCUCUCGGGUUGGGGCCAGCCCUGCUGGAUGGUGGAUGUUACACCAAGAGUAGUGGCCCCAGAAGUCCAGGUGAUGGUUUUGGACAUGUCAGGAAUUCCUAGAGGCUGAAAGAGUGUUUCCAAAUGCGAUCUGAAACUCUUACUGCCUUUUAUUUUAGGGAACAGAACCAAAAAUCAAACAGCAGAUAGUUUGGACUUCAUCUGAACACGUACAGUAGCCCAUCUGCACAUACACGUGGAGUGCGCCAGAACUGUGCACGGUCUAUACCAGAUGCCUGCUGGGCUUGGCUCAAGCCCCGCACGAGGGGCGCUGCCCGCCACCGCUCAGGGAGCGCGCACUCAGAGCCUCACCCACUAGCCCUCCCAGGCUGUCUCCCUGUAAACUCACCCCAUGCACGCCUCACCCCUUUUUGCGUGUAUUUCUCAUUUCACUUCAGAAGGGACGACAAACAUUUGUGAGAACCAGUGAGAGAAGGCUUGAUGUCUUUAAAAAGCAGACGAUCUUGAAACACCUUGAUUUUGGUGUUUCAGUCACUUUAAAAAGAAAAAAUAUCUAAUUUUAUCAAGUCUAAAAGAAAUCAUAUAUUGGCUUUCCAAGAUGUUUGCCCACAUGUUCUGGGCACAGACGAAGUAGAGAGGCCUCCUCACCAUCACCCCUGUGGCGUGACACUUUUUGGUUGUCACUGGCCAUUCAGCAGUGGCCACGGCCUCCUGGCAGUGUUCCUGAGACCUCGAGGUGCCUCCCCAGGGAAGCUGCUCCUGCCUGGCAGUCGCCGUGGGAGAGGGUGGCCCCAUCCGCGCUCCACCUGCACAGGGACCACCUGCUUCUCCUGCUGCCAGGGCGUGCCCACCCUGUACUAGACAGCUGGCCGAAAAGCAGGUUCAGGUGGGUGUGUUAGGCCCAUAUGAAGCAGUUCCCACCAGUACAGACCGAGAGAAGAGCUGGCCAGAAGGUAUGGCUUGGAAAGUUCUCCUGUCAGGAGGCCUGGCAAAAUUUGAUUUCUUUAAAAAGUUUUAAAAACCAAAGGCCUGUUGGUUAUUGUACUCUACCCCUUGAGGAACCCACAGAUGCUGCCUGUUUGUUCUUUUCCUUCUCUCUCUUUUUCUUGUCCCACUGUGUUUUGAUCUGUAUUCCUUGAGGCUUGUCACCAGCCGGGAGGUGCAGGAUGUUUCUCCCUGAGGCCCCUGCACCUGCCACACUUGUUAACCCCCCAGGAGGGGAGACCCUGGAAAAUUCUGUGCUUUAAAUGUGGUCUUUGAUUCCUGCCUUUUGCCCCUCAGGAGCAUGGGUCUUUGAACAUACUUUUUAAAAACAAACAAAAAAAUCUGUAACUUGGUGCUUGUUGAUGAAUUGCAAGCUGGCCUUGCAGAUGGAGAUAUUUAUCUUUCAGUUUAUUUGAAAGAGAUCUGGUUUAAAAUUUU